AUGACAUUAGGGCCAGUAGUUACCGGAACAUCAGUAAUAGCUCUGAAAUACAGAAAUGGAGUAAUGAUUGCAGCUGAUAAAAAAGCUAGCUAUGGAAGCUAUGCAAAAUUUCAAAAUGUACAAAGGAUUUUCAAGAUAAGCAAUAAAACAGUAAUGAGCUUUAGUGGGGAGUUAGCCGAUGCUCAAUAUUUACAUGAAUUAUUAACACGAGUUAAUGUAAAUGAUGUAGUAGAAAAAAAAAGUAAAUAUGAUUUACAUGAUACGAAAUUUUAUCAUUCAUAUGUAAGUAGACUAUUUUAUAAUAGAAAAAAUAAAAUUGAUCCUUUAUUUAACAAUAUAAUAAUAGCUGGUUUAAAUUCACAAGAAUAUGAUGAUAAUGAUAAAGAUAUAUUAUUAUAUUCAGAAAAACAAAAUAAUGAAGAAUAUAAAGACAUUGAUAAAAAGGAUUUAUAUAUCGGAUUUGUCGAUAUGCAUGGUACUCAAUUUUGUGAGGAUUAUAUAACAACGGGUUAUGCUCGAUAUUUUGCUCUAACAUUAUUACGAAAUCAUUAUAAAGAUAAUAUGACUGAGCAUGAAGCUCGCUCACUAUUAAAUGAAUGUUUAAAAAUAUUAUAUUUUAGAGAUACAACAGCUUCAAAUAAAAUACAAAUAGUUAAGAUAACUAGUAAAGGGGUUGAAUAUGAAGAACCAUAUAUACUUAAUUGUGAUUUAAAUUCUCGGGAUUACAUUUAUCCUUCUACAAUGCUUCCCGCAACUGGUUGUAUGUGGUAG